GAUUUUUGUUGCUUCAAAUAAUUCUAUGGGAAGAAUUGGCAUAGAAGCUCAUCUGGACAGCAUGCUUGCCAAGGGAGAUUGCCUCUAGAAGAUGAACCAGUGGCGGCCACUAUUUCCCACUUGUCACAAUCCAGAGAAUAAGAACAAAAUUUAUUUUCAUUUUUAAUUUAGAUGUAGUGUUCAUUAUCAUUUAUCAUAAAGUUACCAAAAAUGGCAGCAUUCCCAACAGAAAUGGAAUCUAAGUUCCCUCUUCCCCCCACCCAAUACAUUAAUUUAUACACCGAUGAUAAUAUUCGCAAAGGACGUGUGCCUCGACCACCACCCCCUCCUCCUAAUGAGUAUUCCAUGUUCAGUGUGCCUUUCAAUGCUGAUGACCCCAUCAUUAGGCCUCUAGAAAGCCAGGCCAUCAGACGAUUGUAUCCUCAAAGCUACGAUCAGCGGCGUGAGCUGAAAAAGUUAAAUCAUUCCAUACUUGUAAAUUUCAUGGAUUUACUUGACAUUUUGAUCAAAUGUCCAGACUCAAGUAAACGAACAGACAAAAUAGAAGAUCUUAAACUGUUAUUUAUAAACAUGCACCACCUCAUCAACGAGUUUCGGCCACACCAAGCAAGGGAGACCAUCAGAGUCAUGCUGGAACUGCAGAAACGCAAUCGUCAUCAGAUCGCUGAGCGUUUGGAGCUGCUGGAGAGCUGCGUGCGGCGACAGGUGCGGGAGGCGCUGCAGGGUCUGCCCGACCAGGUGACGAGUCUGCUGGACGUGGAGCAUCUGCUGCAGCCCACCGCCCCUGAGGACAAGCUCAAGCCGCGCGUCGAGGCCGGACAGCAGCCGCACGACAAAGUCUCCAGCCAUGACAGGCUUAUGUGCUCUAUCGUCGAUGCGCUCUGAAUUACCAAGAAAUUAUAACUCAGUACUCACUGCAGUGAGUGACAGAGAUCGCAUUUUCUC